CGGCGUCUGUAAUCCAAAACUGCCCGAAUCCCCAACUUGAACUGAACAGCCGCCAAUAGAAACUUUAACAACACCCACUUGGACCACCCGACUCGACAACGAUGGUGCUUGCCGAUAUGCUGAGCACCUGUGUGAACCGCCUCAAAUCGGUGCUCGGGCUCUCUUCCAAGCCACUUGCACAACCCGCGCGCUUCUUCUCCGAGGAGAGCAUCAGCCGGUACUGCUACGGGGGCUACCAUCCCGUCCGCAUUGGCGAUGUCUUCGAUAAUGGCAAGUACAAAAUUGUCAGUAAACUCGGAUACGGCGUAUAUUCGACCGUGUGGUUGGCAUGCCAUCUUGAGACGAGACGGCACGUUGCGCUCAAAAUCCUCACCGCCGAUUGUUAUGGGCAGCAACAGGACACGUUUGAACUGGAUAUUCUGAGGCAAAUUAAGGCCCAGACCACUCCGCAUCCGGGGUCCAACCACAUCCUUCCGCUCCUCGACCAAUUUGAACACCAAGGCCCGAACGGUAAACACGUCUGUCUGGUCUUCAAGGCCAUGGGCCCCGAUAUACAGCGAUAUCGGCGCCUCUUCCCGAGGUUGAGGAUUCCAGUGCCCCUGGUAAAAGAAAUAUCCAGGCAGCUCCUGUUGGCGCUGGCAUACCUGCAUGAUGUGUGCCGCGUCAUCCACACAGAUAUCAAACCCCAGAACAUCCUCGUCGAAACCACUGCUAUCAACACCAUGUUCGAGCAAGCGCCCUCUGAAGCAUUCCGCUCAGAACGCCCACCGCUGGAAGCCCCCAAUGACUUCUACAUGGAAUCGAGACAGGUGUCGUCGGCAGAGGAAGAUCUUACACAACCGACCGAUCUGUCAGUCAGGCUAGCUGACUUUGGGACCUCAAGUUAUUUCGGCCGCCACUUGACCGAGUGGAUCCAGCCGCAGAUGCUGCGGGCGCCGGAGGUUAUCCUCGGCGCGGAAUGGGACCACAAGGUGGACAUCUGGAACCUGGGCGUGAUUGUGUGGGAGCUCGCCGAGGGCAAGGUCCUCUUCGACGGCGCCUGGACCGCAAACGCUCCCUACACGGCCGAGGCCCACCUGGCGCAGAUGACGGCGAUCAUGGGCCGCAUGCCCGAGGCACUAUUGGCGCGGUCCAAGAACAGAAACCAGUAUUUUGACGAUGAGGGCAAGCUCCUGAAGCCAUCAACCUUCCCGCCAUGCUCGCUGGAGCAGUUCAGCAGCAUCCCCGGCCUCUCGGAUGCGGAAAAAAAGGCGUAUCUGGACUUCGUAUUGUCCAUGAUCAGGCUGGACCCGCAGCAGCGGCCGGAUGCGAAAAGCCUGUUGGAGUCCGAGUGGUUGAGGCAGUGAUAUUCAGGCAGCGUUCAAGUAAGCGUUCUGAGCCCCAGCCCGCGCCUGGAGUGCUCGGUCGAAAACAGUGCUCGUAAACACUAUCACGAACAAUGAAAUGGUGCAAAACCUCCACACCAACCUACCCCACCCACACAUACAGGAGUAAGGCCGCG